CCUUGUACUGUUUCAAGAAUUUUCAAUGGUGCAAUGGGAAAAUACGUGACAGAGAAAUGGAGGUUGCAUUUUAAAAAAAGUCGCAUCGGAAGCAGAGUGAUCGAAAAUGAAGAACAGAUAUUACGAUGCGAUCCGGGCUAUUUUAUCGCUGGGAAGACCACUGAAGAGAACAAUGUUUCUUGCUUGGACGGUAAAUGGUCAGAGGAUUUCACCUGCGUAUCAUCCGGCUGUGCAACAGAUCCUCCUCCGACGAAAAACGGAAACACUCACACAAAGAGGGACUUUCACGGCGGAACUGUUACGUAUAUCUGCAAUACCCUGUUCUCGAAGGAUAAUUUUACCAAUUGCAAAGAUGUGUAUUUGUGA